AUGGAGGAGGAACAGGCCGGGCACCGCGCGACAAGGAGGACGUCUAAACAGAUCGAUAGGGAGAGUGGUGGCGGCGCUAAAAAAACUAAUGCGUCCGUCGCGCGUGGCAUUGGGCUGAAAAAAGUGGCGGCAAAUAAGGUCGAGCGCGGUCAAGAGAAGUCCGGCAAGAAGGCGAAAGACAAGGGGAAGCAACCGAUGCCACGCAAGCGUGUUUCUACAGUGAACAAAUAUGCAGAUGUUGCCUCUGCUGGAACCGAGCCCGGUCCGAGUAACGACGGCACCACUGGCGACAACGAAGAUCCGGGGCGAGGGAGCACGCGUCUUGCAGUCCCAUCGGCGGAGAGAGAGGGAUCGGCGACAGGGGGAAACCACGGAGGCGAUCCCCGUGCCGAGCAUGCCGCAACCAAGGAGUCCGAGGCGGAGGCAUCGCAACACCAUCUGACGCUGCUCCAGCCGACCGUGGUCGAAGUUUCUGCAGCCGUGCUGGAUAAGGACUCAUCGCCGACGUCGGUGGCUCUCCUCCUUCUGGUGGACGGGGGAGGCGUAGGCAGAGGAAGAGCGAUGGGGAGGACGAAGAGGCGGCAGACGACAGGCAGUGCUGACGACGCUGGAGGCGCGGAAGUUGGGACAACGCGAGGCGCCAAGGAAGCUAGUGGCAAGGUGGGCGGUCAAGCAUUGCGCCAGAAGGGCCGACCCGCAGCAAGAAAAACAUCCGGCGGAAGGAGAGGCAAGAAAGCAGCGACGGGGACGAGGCCGAAACGGGGCGAUGAAGACCCUGGUGAUGCGGAGGAGGAGGAGGAUGAAGAGGAGGAUGCGGAGGAAGAGGAGGAUGAAGAGGAUGCGGAGGAGGAUGACGCGGAUGUUGGGGAGGAUGAAAAAGAUGAGAAUGAUGGCGGGGAGGACGAAGAGGAGGAGGAGGAGGAGGAGGAGGAGGAGGACGAGGAGGAUGAGGAGGAGGAGGAGGAGGAGGAGGAGGAGGAGGAGGAGGAGGAGGAGGAGGAGGAGGAGCAGGGGGACGACGAAGAGGAGGAUGAGGAGGAUGAGGAGGAGGAGGAGGAGGAGGAGGAGGAGGAGGAGGAGGAGGAGGAGGAGGAGGUGGAGGAGGAGGAGGAGGAGGAGGAGGAGGAGGAGGAGGAGGAGGAGGAGGAGGAGGCAGAGGAGGAGGAGGAGGAGGAGGAGGAGGAGGAGGAGUAG